AUGGUCCGCUUGGCUAGCAUUCACCACAAAGGUUCUACCAAGCUGGUAGCUCAAGUCGACGAUGGCUCGUAUGUCGAUCUGUCCAGUAUUGCCACUCAUACUCGCGGCUUUUUCGAACUUGGGGAAGUGGCCAUUACCAAAGCCAAAGAGUUGAUUGGUACUAGUGGCGAGCCCAAAAUUCCAGCAUCAGAAGCCCGUUUGCUCAUUCCCUUGGAUCCCUCGACGUGUGGAAAGGCGCUCUGUAUUGGAAUGAAUUAUGUUGAUCAUUGUACUGAGCAAAAUAUCCCCAUUCCAGAGGAGCCUGUGGUGUUCAACAAAUUCCCUUCUGCUCUGAGUGGUCCGAAUGAUCCCGUCGUUUGCGACGAACAAUUAACUUCCAAGCUGGAUUAUGAAGUCGAGUUGGGGUUCAUCAUUGGAAAGACAGUGCCUCGGAAUAUUGAAGCCAAGGACGCUGGUCAGUACAUUGGAGGAUACACGGUGGUCCAUGAUGUCUCGGCCAGAGAUUGGCAACUGGAAAAGAAUGGUGGACAAUGGCUAUUGGGAAAAUGCCAGGAUGGCUAUGGGCCCAUUGGACCCGUGAUUGUUACCAGCGACGAAUUGACAUUGGAAAAGGUGCACAAACUAAAAAUUGCUUGCCGCGUGAAUGGAGAAACAUUGCAGGAUUCCAAUACUUCCAAUCUCAUCCACAAGGUUGACCAGUUGGUGGCGUGGCUAUCCAAAUUCAUGACUCUCUACCCAGGAGACUUGGUAGCUACUGGAACGCCUCCUGGAGUAGGAUGCUUUCGCAAGCCUCCGAAAUGGCUCAAACCUGGGGAUGUCGUCGAGUGCGAAAUUGAAUCCAUUGGGACUCUAGUCUCUCCCAUUGUGGCUGCCUUGGCGGCACCUUCCACGUCGUCUCUGGCCAGAAAAACGUCACCAGGACGUUUGGAAGGACGCGUCUGCAUUGUUACGGGUGGUGCUCGUGGUAUUGGAUUUGGAAUCGCGAGUCACUUUGGUUUGGAAGGAGCGGCUGCGGUUGUCAUUGUGGAUUUGAACCAAGAGGUUUUGGAUGAAGCUGCCAAGAAACUGCACCUGAUUGCACCAACAUGUCAGUAUCAGGGAGUGGCUUGUGAUGUGACCGAUACUGCGGCUGUUCAGAAAACUUGGGAUCAAGUGGCAUCGACUCAUGGUCGCUUGGAGGUUGUAGUCCAAGCAGCAGGCAUUGUUGGUGAAACCAAUUUGAAGUGUGAAAAUGUCAAUGCGGAUAACUUUGAUACCGUCAUGAGCAUCAAUGUCAAGGGCAUCUUUAACGGUUGUAAGGCAGCAUUGCCACACAUGACCAAGCAAGGGUUUGGCAGAGUGGUCAAUAUUGCAUCUAUCAGUGGCAAGGAAGGCAAUGCUGGGAUGGUCGCCUACUCGACCUCCAAGGCUGCAGUGAUUGGUCUGACCAAAGCGGUGGGCAAAGAGUACGCGGAAACAGGCGUGACAAUCAACUCGGUGGCUCCUGCCGUUGUACGGACACAAAUGGUGGAGGAUAUGCCCCCAGCACAAGUCAAGUAUAUGACAGACAAGAUCCCAAUGAAAAGGUGCGGAAAGAUUGAGGAAAUUGCUGCCCUGGUGUCCUUUAUUGCUUCGCCAGAAGCGUCGUUUAGCACUGGAUUCUGCUUUGAUGCCACCGGUGGACGAUCAGUUUACUAA